GUCCCUGGAGAGAGAACAGGGCUCCUGCCCUUAGAUCCCCCACGGGGCCUGGCCCGCAGCCUGGGGAAGACAGGAAAGGAAGCUCAACGAGGCAUGGUUGGCUGGGGGCAGGUGGUGUCUGUGAACAGGCCUGGGGGUUUCUGACCCUUCUGGUUUCUGUGCCAUGGCCACGCUGAACGUCAAGCCAAGUCAGCGCUUCCAGCUGCCUGACUGGCACACUAACAGCUACCUGCUAUCCACCAAUGCCCAGCUGCAGCGAGAGGCUUCCCAUCAGAUCCGCCAGGAAGCCCGGGUGCUCCGCAACGAGACCAACAACCAGACCAUUUGGGAUGAACAUGACAACAGGACUCGACUGGUGGAGAGGAUUGAUACUGUCAACCGGUGGAAGGAGAUGCUGGACAAGUGUCUGAUAGAUUUAGAUGCCGAGAUCGACGCCCUGACACAGAUGAAGGAGUCAGCAGAGCAAAACCUACAGGCCAAGAACCUGCCUCUGGACGUGGCCAUUGAGUGCCUGACCCUGCGGGAAAGCCGGCGAGACAUUGAUAUGGUGAAGGACCCUGUGGAAGAUGAGCUGCAUAAAGAGGCGGAGGUCAUCGAGGCCACCAAGAAGGCCUUGCAACAGAAGGUCAGCCAGGCCUUCGAGCAGCUCUGCCUCUUGCAGGAAGUCCGACAGCAGCUCAACUCCGACCAUCGGGGCAAAAUGGAGACACUAGAGAUCGACAGAGGCUGUCUCUCUCUCAACCUCAGAUCCCCAAACAUCUCGCUGAAGGUUGACCCCACACGAGUCCCUGAUGGCUCCACCACACUCCAGCAGUGGGACGACUUCAGUCAAUUCAACAAGGACCGAGCGGAGGCUGAGAUGAAGGCGGCCACAGAGCUGAGGGAGGCCAUUGCUCUAACUAUUGCUGAGACCAACAACGAGCUUGAAGCCCAGAGAGUUGCCACGGAAUUUGCCUUCAGGAAGCGGCUGCGGGAGAUGGAGAAAGUGUACAGUGAGCUCAAGUGGCAAGAGAAGAACACCUUGGAGGAGAUCGCUGAGCUGCAGGAGGACAUACGGCACCUGGAGGAGGAUCUGCGCAGAAAGUUCCUGAACCUGAAGCUGUCCCAUACCCGGCUAGAGGCCAGAACCUACCGGCCCAACGUGGAACUCUGCCGGGACCAGGCACAGUACGGCCUCACCGACGAGGUUCACCAGCUAGAGGCAACCGUCGCUGCCCUGAAGCAGAAGCUGGCGCAAGCACAGGACGCACUGGACGCCCUGUCCAAGCACCUGGCCCGGCUGCAGGCUGACAUUGCCUGCAAGGCCAACUCCAUGCUGCUGGACACCAAGUGUAUGGACACGCGGCGCAAGCUGACCGUGCCUGCUGAGAAGUUCGUGCCUGAGGUGGACACCUUCACACGUACCACAAAUAGCACCCUGAGUCCACUCAAAAGCUGCCAGCUGGAGCUGGCCUAGCCUUGGAGGACUGCGGGAGGAGGGCAGGGUUGGGUGGGCAACGGAAGCGGGGAGGAGAGGAUGAAUGGAAUAAAUGCAAAGGAUCUCA